AUGGCUCUCCCAGCUGUUGCCGACAUCUCGAAUCCAAUUUUUUGGGCGGAUUUCGCGGACAUUGAUAUUAUCCGCGUCAAUGACACAUUCUACUAUUCCGCUUCCAAUAUGCAUUAUUCCCCGGGCGCCCCGAUUCUUCGCUCUUACGAUCUAUUGAACUGGGAGUUUGCUGGACACUCGAUCCCAGAAUUAACAUUCGGACCGAACUACUACCUUGACGAUGGCCAGCAAGCCUAUAUUAAGGGUACUUGGGCUUCAACAUUGCAGUAUAGACCAAGCACAUCUACCUUUUACUGGAUGGGCUGCAUUGAUGGUACCACGUAUAUUUACACCGCCCCUGAUGUCGGAGGCCCCUGGACAAAAGCAUCAACCAUCAACACCUGUUACUACGAUUGCGGUUUGCUGAUUACCAGCGAUGACAAGAUGUAUGUUGCGUAUGGCAACAAUGGAAUUUCAGUUGCCGAACUCUCAGAAGACGGCUUGGGUGAAGUUAGCAACCAAUUGGUUUUCCCCAGUGACGAUGCUGGCUACCUGGAGGGCUCUCGGUUCUACGAGCGGGAUGGAAAAUUCUACAUAUUCACAACACACCCCGCGAAUGAGGAGCAUGUUCUUAUGUCUAACUCCGGGCCCCUCGGCCCCUACGAGCGUCGCUUGCUGAUAUCUAAUGCUGGAACGCCUGUUGAUGGAGGGGGGUACCCCCAUCAGGGCGGCAUCGUCGACACCCCGAACGGGGACUGGUACUACAUGGCUUUCGUUGACGUCUACCCCGGCGGGCGCAUCCCUGUUCUGGCUCCAAUCAUAUGGAACAGCGACGGAUGGCCGUAUGUGGAAUUGGUGGAUGGUGCCUGGAGCGUGACAUAUGACGCACCUGCUAUUAAUCCCCCGUCAACCCCUGUUUCAUCAUUCGAGCCCUACACUGAUACUUUUACCGUUGAGAAACUCUCGCCGCAGUGGGAAUGGAAUCAUAACCCGGAUAAUGCGAAAUGGUCCAUCGGAGAAGGCGUGACUCUCACCACCGCUUCGCUCACAAAUGACCUCUACGCGGCGAAGAAUACAUUGACUCAUCGAAUCCUCGGUCCUAAAUCUACGGCUACCAUCCACCUCAAUAUUAGCUCCAUGGCCAGUGGUGACCGAGCCGGCCUCGCAUUGCUUCGUCAUCAUUCCGCCUGGAUUGGAGUCGUCAAUGACGGAAGUACAACGCGCAUCGCGGUCACAACGGGGCUGGAGAUGGACUCUGAAUGGAACACGGUUUCCACCGGGACUGAAGUUGCCACGGCUGAAUACUCGAACAGCGAAGUAUGGCUCCGCGUCGAAGCGGAUAUAUCGCCCGGUGCAGGCAGCGGCCAGUUCUCAUUUAGUGGCGACGGUACAACCUUCACAGACCUUGGUGGUUCAUACACCUUGAAUAAUAAUUGGGAGUUCUUCAUGGGCUACCGCUUCGGAAUCUUCAAUCAUGCGACUACUGAGCUUGGAGGAAGUGUGGUGCUAAAAUCGUUUGCUUUGUCUGUGUAG